ACGUUUAUGCAAAGUGUUGUAUCCGGAAGGUCACCCACGAUAUAGUUGUGGAGAAUGGGAAGGGCAGAGGAGCUGCAGGUGCCUGACUAUGUGCUGGUGUACGCAGAGGAUGAGAAUGCCCAGCUUUACACUGAGCAGAGAUUGGACUUCCUGAAUAAGGUGGAACAGACUGGACUUGUCCUGGAUCCUCCUGGGACCUGCACACAAGACAGUGAGGGACAGAAAGGGCAGAGCGCCCAAACUCAGAUCAUUAAAAUCAAUGCCCCGUUUGAGAUCCUUAGCCAUGCAGCGGAGGAAAUGAAAUUGAAGAUGCCGUUGGCGGUAUCGAGAAGGGACAGUGGGGAUAACUUGGACCGUGGAUUAAUCCGGAGAGUAAAAGUACUGAGAACGAUUGAUGACUUUCGCAGAACGUAUAUGUCAAAAAUGCAAAACUACCUUGAGACAGAUAAGGAAGAAGAUUAUUACAGUGCACCUUACAGACAUGAGAAACGACACCUGUUCAAAGGAAUUGACCAAGAGGCCACAUUUUUUCGUCCUGCCGUGAGAUCAAUAAUUGUUCAUCACAUUCUGAAUGGAAUCCAAACACUCAAUGAUAAACAAAAGGAGAAAGUUGGAGAACCUAAUGAAGGAACAGAAAUAUGUUUACUUUGGCAAAGUUCCGAAGAUAAAGAUACUGAGAAAGUAAGAGGAGAGAAAGACAGUAUUUCCACUUUACAAUACUUGUUAAUGAAGAAAGCAUUUACAUCAGCCUUCACACUACAUGAAGGGCCCAAAAUCAUAUGUGAAGAGAAAACACUAAAAACACAGAAAACAAUAAAUGGUGAUCCACAUAAAAAUUGGAAUGACCUUCUUAAUCUGUGGGCCAGAACCUACAGAUUGCAGCCAUUAUGGAAGAUUAGAAGCUACUUUGGGGAAAAAAUUGCAUUUUAUUUUGCUGUGAUGGAACAUCUUUUACUACACUUAAUAACACCUGCACUCAUCGGUGUGGCUGUUUUUAUAUUUGGUCUUUAUUACAGUGCAUCAUGUUACAAUGCCCACAAAGACAUGAACACAUUCUUAUUUGCGUACAAUUGUAACAUCGUCUGUUCAACUCCAAACAUGGCCUCAGAAGUGGCAGAUAAGGCAUUGGAUCCAAUCAGAGGUAUCUGUGACAAUAUGGCCGAAAGGAGAAGGAAUAUUGAACAAAUUCUUAACAGGACCUGUAUCACUGAGGCCCAUAAUGACUGUAUUUUUCAGGUCCCUUCAGAUGAUACUGUUGAAGUAUUCAAGUCCUCCUUUGACAAUGCUGCUACACCAAUAUUUGGGCUUUUUAUCUGCCUUUGGGGUACGAUAUUUUUGGCAAGAUGGAAAAGGAAGAAUGCAGAAUUAAUAUACGAGUGGGAUGUUGAAGAUUACGAAAACAAUGAACAAGUCAGACCUCAAUUUUAUAGAACAAAACCAGAUCGAAUUGAAGCCUUUUGCCCAGGAUGCAGACGCCAACUGAAAAUUGCACUUUCAAUUUCAGUUGGGCUUGUAAUGGUGGGCUGUGUAUUCAUCAGUGUCGUGGCAGUGGUAGUUUAUAAAACCUGGGUUAGAUUUCGAGUGACAACAUCUAAUUCGCUUGAAAAUUUCUUCUUAAGUACUAUUGUUAGCUCAUUACUCAAUGCGCUGUCCAUUUUAGCCCUGGGAAAGGGGUAUCAGAAAAUUGCAGUUAAAAUGACGAACUGGGAAAACCACAGAACUGAGACUGAAUACAAUGAUGCCCUGAUCAUCAAAUUUUUUGCCUUUGAGUUUGCCAACACUUAUUCACCUCUCUUUUAUAUUGCAUUUCUCAGAACGAACAAUGAACAGUUUUUCACAUCAAUUGGUUUGCCUGGCUUGGAGGAUAAUUGUGGAGAGCUGAACAAUUGCAUGACAGAACUUUGCUUUCAAGUCCUAAUGCUGAUGAUUACUCACCCACUUCCAAAGUUUCUGAAAGAUGUUAUUAUACCGUGGGCAAAACAUCUGAUCUGCGGAGUCUGUGGUAAUACAAACAAAGAACCCCAUCAAAAAGAAUGCAAUACAGUGAAUGACUACAUUCUCAGAGACUAUAACAAACCUGACCUUGGAAACUUCACACUGGAGGAGUAUACUGAAAAAGUUAUACAAUAUGGUCUCCAGAUGCUUUUUGCUGUCUCAUUCCCUCUGGGACCAUUGAUUUUCUUCUUCACCAUAUUUUUCGAUGUACGUGUGGAUGCUAAACGACUGUUAUUGAUGUACAAACGUCCCAUCGCUCACAUGGCUCAAGAUAUUGGUCACUGGUUUACAAUAUUGGAUCUUAUAAAUAAUGUUGCCGUGGUGACCAAUGGCUGCAUCAUUGCAUUCACUUCAGAAUUCGGGAGGGAGAAGCCCUUUUAUCAAAAACUCAUCAUCCUGAUUGGGUUUGAGCAUCUUGUGUUUGUAGUGAAAUUUCUGCUGUCAACUUUGAUGCCAAAUGUCUCUUGGCAGAUACGCCUGGCAAUGAAGGAGGAAAAAAGGAAAGCAAAAGAAAUGGAAAAUGACAAGGCAAGGCAACAUGAAAAGAUAGACAUAAAUGUAAACAUCCCUGAAGAGAUAUCCGAUCUGCACUGAAAUUGAAUAAAUCAGGAGCUGUACGUGAGGAUUGACAUGAUCUUAUCAAAAUUAAAUAUGUAUGAUGCAAAGUAAAGGAACAAAGAAAAUUUAAAAUACUGGAGAUAUUGAAAAUGUGGCUCGGUCCCUGACUGCGAAAGCCCGAGGCAGUGGGGAAUCUUGUCUGCCUCCUGUUCAAGAUGGAAAAUAAAACUUUGCUCACCUCAGCUUUUUUUUAGUGUGCAAUGUUUGCAUGUGACUCCCUUUCUGGAUUCUGAUUGGCCUGCUGUGUGUUUCCUGUAUUUGUUACGUCAUACUUGCAGUAUUAUUCUUUCAAUGUUGUGAAAAUGAGCCACUUCAUUUGAGCAAAAUCACAAAUUAGGUGAGGCACAAUUAUCUAUACGGAAAUAGGAUAUUUCAGAAGUAUGUAAAGUAAGGGUUUGGGAUGCCAGUUCAAGAAAUCAUGUUUGAUGCAAAAGCUCACAUUCAAUCCGUAUGGAUGCAACAAUAUGCACCAAAUUGUUUGGGUUGCUGGGUGCAAUGCAAAGAUGUUCAGGAAGAUUUCUUCUGCUCAGUACUUUUCAUGACCAACAACAUAGUUUCAAAGCAGGAUGGAUUGGACUUGCAAUUACACUGCAAACCUUCCCUAGUUUUAAAUGAAAUGUUACAGAGAUAUCCCUAAAGUUUCAGGAGGACCAAGCCUCCAUUAUUUAUGAUUCCAUGUGAAGUACAAAGUAAAGCAAAUUUUCAUAAACACUUUACGAUGAUAAUGCACAUUAAAAAGCCGAGCAAUUCAUUCAGAGUGGUCAAUACUCUUGAUCGUCUAUCUACACCACCAAGAUCAUCUGCUUCCACCUCUGUAAUAUCACCAACUCUGUCCCUACUCAGUUCCACUAUUUUUGAAACAUUUAUCUAUAAGGAAUACCUUCAGAUUGGACUUUUCCAAUGUUCAACUGGCCAGUCACCUGUAGUCUACCCUUCCUACCCUAUUUUAAGCCUAACCUAAACCCUCCUUAUAUUUAAAGUCAUCCAAAACUCCCCUGCUCAUGCCCUAACUUUCCCCAAACCCUGUUCAUACAUUUCUCUCCACUACAUUUGCGUGUAUGUCAUUACCAAUUAACAUUAGCUCCAAUUUAAUAACACCUUCAAUUUUAAAAUCCUAAUCCUCAUGUACAAAACCUUCAAUGACCUUAUCUCUUUUACCAGUCCAUGACUCUGCAAUCUUCCAAGAUACCUGCAUUUCUCCAAUUCAGCCCAAUAGAGCAUCUCCAGUUGUACUUGCUCCGUCCCUGGUGAUUGUAACAUCACCUUCCCAAGGCCAUGGGUCCUCCAAUCCCGCACUGAGCUACGCCUCUUCCACCUUGUUUCUCUUUUGUAUGGGUCUACCUCUCUGGUGAAGUCUUUUUGUCAUUUGCUUUGGUUCAGUUUGUGGUUCAAUGACAAAUUUAGUUUGUUAGCAUUCUUAUGAAUUGCUUUGAGAUGUUUUACUUCAUUUAAGGUGCCAUAUAAAUGCAAAGAAUUGUUGUUAAAACAACAUAAGUAUUUCUUUGCCCCACCCCCAUUGUUGGCUAGGAUUGUUAACAUCACUAUUAUUGAAGAAAGCAUGGUUUUGUUUUACUUCUGUUUGUGACACGGCCAAGUACAUUUUUUUUCAUUUUAAAU